AUGUAUCCUGCCACUAGUCCGGCUGACGGAGACGUACCGACACGAGAGAAACCGAUCGCGGCUUCGAUAGCCAGUGAAGACGUCAACCCAGCACUCGUACCCAGGAGCCAACGGACAGGGCUACUGGCCCGCUUGGCUGUGGUCGCUGAAGUUGACGACGCUAAGCAUUAUGCUCGCAGAACAAAGUGGCUCAUCACUUGCGUUGUCGCUGCGGCCGCUGCUGCUGCUCCGAUGGGCAGUUCUAUCAUCUUACCUGGCCUUUCGCGAAUCGACAUUGAGUUCAACUCUCCAUCCACUGUGACCAAUCUUGCGGUUGCCUUGUAUAUGCUUAGCAUGUCUAUCUUCCCACUUUGGUGGAGUAGCUUCUCUGAAAUUCUCGGGCGAAGGACAAUCUACCUGGUCUCCUUCUUUGUCUUCGUAAUAUUCAACGUCUUGAGCGCUGUCAGUGUUAACAUUGCCAUGUUCAUUGUCAUGCGCAUUCUCUCUGGAGGUGCUGCCGCGUCGGUACAAGCAGUUGGUGCUGGUACAAUCGCCGAUAUCUGGCACGUCAAAGAACGUGGCAACGCCAUGUCCAUGUUUUACUUAGGUCCUCUAUGCGGCCCUCUUGUCGCUCCGAUCAUUGGCGGAGCACUGACUCAAGGACUCGGCUGGAGAAGCUGCAUGUGGUUCAUGACCAUUUAUGGCGCAGUUCUCUGGUUCUUUGUGCUUUUCUUUCUGCCAGAGACACUUAAAUCUACAAGCCUGCCUGCACCCACCACAUCAUCCCUGACCGACGCAAGAGCGCCCCUAUCACGCAUUAGCACAAGACAAAGCAUAGCCCUAAAGUCGAGAGGCUACAUUACGGUCCUCCGCCAGUGGUUCGUCGACCCUCUCGCUAUUGUCCUGCACCUUCGCAUACCUGCCGUAGCGUUGGUUGUUUACUACGCGAGCAUCACGUUCGGUUCUCUAAACGUCCUGAACAUUUCUGUUCAACAAACCUUUGACUCAGAACCAUAUCACUUUCCCACCAUUAUUGUGGGCCUGCUUUAUAUUCCGAACUCCUUGGGCUAUUUUGUUACAUCCUUCCUGGGCGGCAAAUGGGUCGACAAGAUAAUGGCUCGCGAGGCUAGGAAGGCGAACCGAUACGAUGAAGAAGGGCGUCUCAUCUAUCGGCCUGAAGACCGCUUGCGAGAGAAUGCAUGGCUAGGUGCUAUGAUCUUUCCUUUGGCCUUGAUCUGGUACGGCUGGUCCGCUCGCUACGGCACCUUCUGGCUCGUUCCGAUGAUUGCAAACUUUUUCUUCGGCAUUGGAAGCAUGCUGAUUUUUGCUGUGGCCACAACUAUGCUCACUGAGUUGAUGCCUAAGAAAGCUAGUCACGGUAUCGCCUUGAACAAUUUUGUGCGCAACAUUUUCUCAUGUGUAGGCAUCUUCGUCGCUAGCCCGUUGCUGGAUUGGUGCGGAAAUGGCUGGCUAUUCACCUUUCUCGGAGUGUGGUGUCUGAUUUCUGGUGUCUUGGUCAUCUGGAGCAUCACAAGGUACGGUGAGAGAUGGAGGGCUAGAGCUGCCGAAUCGAUGAGUUGA